AUGAGUAAAGCAGCAGCUGUUAUUCCUGCAACUGUUAAACAUACGGCUAGUUUAAUCUUCUUACAUGGUCUCGGCGAUGUUGGGUCAAGUUGGCAAGACGCAUUUAAUAUGUAUCGAAUUGCAAAAGCAGCCCCGCAUGUAAAAUUUAUAUUUCCAAAUGCUCCGGUCCAAAGAGUUACAUUGAAUAUGGGAAUGCCAAUGCCAACUUGGUUUGAUAUUCAUGGUCUUGAUCAAAAUGCGAAAGAAGAUCAAGAAGGCAUCGAAAAGUCAUCAAAAUUAUUAAAGGAUCUUGUUGAAGAAGAAAUAAAAAGUGGAAUUCCAGCAGAACGUGUAAUAGUCGGUGGUUUUUCAAUGGGUGGUGCCGUUGCCAUUCAUGCAGCAUUAACUUCGCCUCAUACACUUGGUGGUGUUUUGGCUUUAUCAACAUGGCUUCCAUUAUCGACAACAUUCCCAAAGGCAUUGAUAUCUGGUGAUAAAAAAAUGAAUCUACCUAUUCUUCAAUGCCAUGGUGAUGAAGAUCCAAUGGUUCAAUUAAGAUGGGCUCGUCUUACCGAAGAAGGAAUAAAAGCAAUGGGUUUUAAACAAUAUACUUUUAAAGAAUAUAGAAAUAUGGGUCAUUCAUCAUGUGAUCAGGAAAUGGACGAUGUAAGUGCAUUUGUUGUAAAAAACUUACCAAAAACCGACUGA